AUGUUUAAAUUAAUUUGGCAGUGCUUGUACUCUCCUCGUCUUUAUAAAAUUUAUGGAGACGGCGAAAAGGAUGCUAUGUACCAACCAAAACGUUUGGAAAAGUAUGGAGAUAAAAUUAUUACAAUUGCACAGAAUAUAAUCACUAUUGUCAGCUAUGCUUCUCCAUUUAUAUGCACUUAUAUUUAUAGAAGAGGUUUCUUUUCAUGGGAUGAAACAACAUUUUUAACUAAAAUUAUGUGUGGCGUUAGUUGUUUUAUUUUGUUUUCUUUUCUUGUGAGAGCAGUGGGUCGAGCAUAUAACUCUAAAUAUACUGAUUUUCUAUUUGUGAUUCAACAACCAAAAGCAAACACUAAAGAAUUUAUGAACCACAUCAGGAAAUAUGAUUUUGAAUUUACAUCUUGGCCAGUGACUUUUGCUAUGCCUGCAACAACAAGCAAAUCCUGGUUUGAAAACAUUCCAUUUAAUAAGAGUUCCAAUGAAAACUUGCCAAUUUAUCAGAGAAUCCCCUUACAAAUACUGGCAUUCAUUUCUGUACACACCUUCGCCAUGCGCAUAAUUUAUCCUGGAACUUUAACUCUCAUACAAAAUUUAUUGUGGAAUCCAUUAAUGGAAGGCCGUACACAAUUGGUGGAAACGUUCCAUGGUAAAAGGGCAAAAUUACUAACAUCAGAUGCCAAUUCUAUAGAUACUAUAUUUGUAGACAAUCGAGCACAUUCAAAUGGCAAUAUAUUGGUAAUUUGUUGUGAAGGAAAUUCUGGAUUUUAUGAAAUCGGGAUGGUAACUACCCCGAUAAAGGCAGGUUUUUCAGCUCUUGGAUGGAACCAUCCCGGUUUUGCAGGAAGUACUGGUAUUCCAUUUCCGAAACAAGAACAAAAUUCUAUAAUCGCCGUAAUUCAGUAUGCCAUUGAAGAACUCAACUUUCCAAUCGAAAAUAUUGUAUUGUAUGGGUGGAGUAUUGGUGGUUAUACUGCAGCUUGGGCUGCAGCUAACUACCCUGAUAUCAGCGCUUUGAUUUUGGAUGCUACAUUUGAUGACUUGCUGCCCCUAGCUCAAAACCAAAUGCCUAGAUCAUGGUCUUUGUUAGUAAAGGAAGUUAUACGUAGUUAUGUUGACUUGAAUGUUGGUGAAUUACUGGCACAAUACAAAGGUCCGGUGCAACUUAUUCGGCGCACUGAAGACGAAGUCAUUUGCUUAAGACAAGGCCAACUGCAGACAAACUGCGGAAAUUCUCUACUAAUUACUCUUCUUAAGUCCCGGCACCCAAGGUUUAAUGAAAGUGACGAAUUACAAGAAGCUAUACUGUCUUAUGUUGGAAUGAGUGAAAUGCAACGUAGCAAUAUAAACAAAGAUACAUUAACAGAAGUCAAACGACAAGCCCUUCAAUUGAUUAUUAAAUAUAUGAGAGAUUUCCAAUCAAAUCAUUGUGCACCUCUACCAGAGAACACAUUUGCUGAUAUUAUGAAAUAUUUUUAUUUAAAGAACUAG